CGGAAGGAGAGGGAACAGAGAACGUCCAGUCAUGGUAGAGAUGAGCCGCAGCAACCUACAGAUCCUAGCGACGUUGACGAUGGUGACCGCUUCCUGGGGCCACCUCCUGGACCUGGACGGUUACCACCAUUGGAGGUACAACCUCCCCCAUGGCCCUCACCCUCUGGAUGUCCCUCCCGUCCACCUACCUCCACUGAGGUCGGCACUUCCACCCCUUCCUCUACACCCUCCACCUCAGAUCAUCCUGGUCCCUGUGCAUGUCCGAGGGACGUUCCCACCCUUCAUAGAACGCAUCGUUCAGAGGAUUCAGACUUGGUGGUCCUUCUACAACCCCCCGGAGGAACUUACCCGUCCUCCUCCGACCAUGGACGAGGCUGUCACAACUAAACCUAACAGCAGCAAGAAAAAGCCUACAAUUGCCACGACCACUCCAGUACCAAAACAAGAAGCGGAAACAGAAUCAACCCCAGAGGCUUCGGAGACUCCGCAGGUUGAAACAACCACUUCCACUCCAGAAACUUCCGACCCCACGGUAUCCACCUUGGCCGUGUUCGAGGUGACUCCCUCGGGCUCUGCCCCCUCGGAGGAGACGGAGGAGCCCAUGCUCAUCACCCCUGAGAGAGCGAGUCUCCUAGGAGGUCAGAAGGAGGCGUACCUAAGGUUCCUACAGACGGGGACAAUCCCACCAUACCUGGAGUCAGACAUCAUAAAUGAGACUGAAGAAUAA